GAGACAACGGAUAGCUUUGUGAAUGUCGUGGCACCAACCGAGUUGUCGGUUUCGGUUUCGUCGGACCAAUUAUUGUUGCCUUCUAUCGAUUUGCCGGAUGAGGAACCAACUGAACAAUUGGAUCCGCUUUUCUCUGACACUCAGGUAUACGAAAUGGACUUUGUUACGGACGAUGAAAAGAGUAGUGAUGAAGAGAAUGCGAUGGACGACGAGGAAAAUUCCGCAGAUGACGAAGAAGAUGGUCCCGAUUAUGCCAAUAUGCCAGAUGCAGAGUGUGUACGAUACUGGGCGUUAACUGGGAACGAGUCGCUUGCAAUCGUUGGACAAAUGUUCGAGAUGCUUCGUGCAAAAACGGAUAUGAACAUCCCAAAAGAUCCGAGGAUUGUUCUACGAAAAAAGCGGAUCAUAGAUCUUCCAGAGGAAUCCAUCGAACUAGAAUUUAAAGAUAUAAAAUGUAAACUAGUCAAAACCAUCGGAGAAGAGGAGGGAGAAAUGAUAUUCUUUACUUCGUACUCUUGUCGAAUAAAUGCAAACUUGUAG